UCUGAGGUGGAGUGAACGGCCAGAGCAACCUCUGGAUUGCAGAUCUGGAGCUUCUUUCUUUUAAACACCCGUGACAAAGAGGGCUGCUUCUUGGAGAUGACUGGACUGUCACUGCUGGAAAAACGUCCCUUUGAUUUGGGAUUCUCUGUCAUUCUGAGACUUUCUGGAAAACUUUGAUUUAAGAAACGCAGUUAUUGGAAAAUUCCUGCCUCUGUUUGGGGUUAGGAGCACUAAAGAGGAUCAGCUGCAGGACUGUUGGAUAAAAGCCAGACUCAAAAUCAAACUUCAGGAUGAAGGCUCAUCUCCUCUGCUUGAAGUUACUUCUCUUGGCAGCUUACAUUCUUGUGGCCAGUGGACAGCUGGAGCCAAAGAAACAAAUGCCCCAGGCCCCUCUUACCGUCACCCAGAGACUCGGGCUCAUGGAGAGGGAAGUACAGAGUCCAGUGAGGCCUAACAUCACCAUGCCCCGCCGCCGCCUGCCUCCCAUGUGCACAGGGCCCACAGAAAUCCGAGACACCUUUAAGUACAUCAACACAGUGGUGUCCUGUCUAGUAUUUGUGGUCGGUAUUAUCGGCAAUUCCACCCUACUGAGGAUCAUCUAUAAGAAUAAGUGCAUGCGAAACGGACCAAACAUCCUGAUUGGCAGCCUGGCACUGGGAGACCUGCUGCACAUCAUUAUCGGCAUCCCCAUUAAUGUUUACAAGCUCUUGGCAGAAGAUUGGCCCUUUGGGGUGACGUUGUGCAAGCUGGUGCCGUUUGUCCAGAAAGCCUCGGUGGGGAUCACAGUGUUGAGUCUGUGUGCUUUGAGCAUUGACAGGUAUCGUGCUGUGGCCUCUUGGAGUCGAAUCAAAGGGAUUGGAGUUCCAAAAUGGAUGGCUAUCGAGAUAGCUCUCAUCUGGAUAUUAUCCAUCAUCCUAGCUGUGCCAGAAGCAAUAGCUUUCGACAUGAUCACCAUGGACUACAAAGGGGAAUACUUGAGAAUCUGUUUGCUGCAUCCCAUGCAGAAAACAGACUUUAUGCGGUUUUAUAAAUCAGCCAAGGACUGGUGGCUGUUCAGUGCAUAUUUCUGCCUGCCGUUGGCCUGCACUGCCAUUUUCUACACCCUGAUGACCUGCGAGAUGCUGAGGAAGAAGAAUGGUGUCCAGAUUGCGCUUAGUGACCACCUCAAACAGCGGAGGGAGGUGGCGAAGACUGUGUUUUGUCUGGUUCUGGUCUUCGCUCUGUGCUGGCUUCCUCUCCACCUCAGCCGUAUCCUGAAGCUCACCAUCUAUGAUGAAAAAGAUCCGAACCGCUGCGAGCUGCUGAGUUUCUUUUUGGUUCUGGAUUACAUCGGCAUCAACAUGGCCUCUAUCAACUCCUGCAUCAACCCCAUCGCCCUCUACAUGGUCAGCAAACGCUUUAAGAACUGCUUCAGGUCCUGUCUUUGCUGCUGGUGCCUACCUGCAGAGAUGUUAAUGGACGAAAAGCAGUCGUGUAUGAAACUUAAAGUCUCCGAACGAGUGUCUGAACAGAGCAACUCCCGCUUGACGAACAAGUCCACCACAGCCUGAGGAGGCGCCCAGAGGUGAGAGAAGAGGAAGCAAAAAUGAAAAAAAUAAAAACAUAAUAAUAUUAUUUUGGUGUAUGACUGAGAGAAUGAGUGGAAGGCUUCAUUAUUUUCUCAUCAAAGAUGUCACACAACCCAUCCAGAUGUGUGUUUUGGAAAUAAACCUGCACCAAAACUCAUUUCAGUCUUAAACCUUUUUAAUGGAGCGCUAUGCUCUCCCAGUCCGAGGACACGUAAGUCGAUGCAGUCCAACAACUGUAACGUAGGAUAACAAGUGUGAGAUUUUGAUGAACUGAAAACACAAACUUAUGCAAUAACAUCACAAUGUGAGAACUGAGUGGGGGGCAAAGUUCAGCUGGGUUGAAUAAAAUUGGGGUUAAGGGUCAAUUAGCAAAGACAGCUGGUCAGGCUUGUAGCCGUGAUGUUGAAUGUUUGCUUGGACAUCAUGAAUCUUGCAUUAACCUCUGCAUAAAGUCUGACCUACAGAGACUACAGCAGCUCAGAAAAAGAGACUUUAAUGCUCAUAUUUGUGUAUUUUUUAUGUUUUUCUAGUUAAAAAUAAAAGGUAUGUAUUAAGCAUUUUGCAUGCCGUUGGAAACUCACAACAUAAAUGCCUUUAAAUGUAUUGUCUACACAUAUUUUCUUUCUAGUUCUUGAACUACUGAUGUGUGAUUUCAGCUGUGUGAUUAUCAGCUACUGUAUUAUACUAUUCAAUAAUGGGGCCUAUUGCAGAGGCUUUGAUUCCAUGAUUGUAUUUGCUCCUUAUUAUCUUAAUCUGACUCAUUACCUUCACUGGUAUGCAAUGAUAUAGGGUUUGCUUUUUCCAAUAAAAAAAAAUUAA